GGCGGGGCCGGCGGCGGCAUCCGGGGGGACGAUGCCGAGCGCCGCCGGGUCUCGUCAGCCCAGCGUGGAGGCGUUGGACAGCCCCACAGGAUCCCAUGUUGAGUGGUGUAAGCAACUUAUCGCUGCUACAAUUUCUAGUCAGAUUUCAGGUUCUGUGCCCACAGACAAUGUAUCCAGAGAGUACAGGGUAUACAGGAGGCCUACUAUAAGGGAGAUUCAGGAUGGACACAAUGGCUAUCCUUCUGAAGCAGAAGUUGAUCAGGCACUGAGAGAUGGAAACAAACUUGCCCAGAUGGAAGAGGCUCCGCUUUUUCCUGGAGAAUCAAUUAAAGCUAUCGCUAAAGAUGUCAUGUAUAUCUGUCCAUUUAUUGGAGCCAUCAGUGGUACGUUGACAGUGACAGAUUUCAAAAUGUAUUUCAAGAAUGUUGAAAGGGAUCCCCAUUUUGUUCUUGAUGUUCCUCUUGGAGUGAUAAACAGGGUUGAAAAGAUUGGAGUGCAGAGCCAUGGAGAUAACUCUUGUGGUAUAGAAAUUGUUUGCAAGGAUAUGAGAAAUUUGCGGUUUGCCUAUAAACAGGAAGAGCAUAGACUGGAGAUUUUUCAGAACCUUAUUACACGAGCAUUUCCUCUUUCUCAUGGGAUGCCACUUUUUGCAUUCAGCUAUAAAGAAAAAUUUCCUGUUAAUGGCUGGAAAGUUUAUGAUCCAAUGGCAGAAUAUAAAAGGCAGGGAUUACCUAACGAGAGCUGGAAAAUUUCUAAGAUUAAUAGUAUGUAUGAACUUUGCGAUACAUAUCCUGCCAUCCUUGUUGUGCCAACUAGUGUAAAAGAUGAUGACCUCUCCAGGGUAGCAGCAUUCAGGACAAAAGGCAGAGUUCCAGUGUUAUCCUGGAUCCACCCUGAGAGUCAGGCCACCAUCACACGUGGCAGCCAGCCUCUCGUAGGCCCAAAUGACAAACGUUGCAAAGAAGAUGAGAAAUAUUUGCAAACCAUCAUGGAUGCCAAUGCUCAGUCUCACAAGCUUUUCAUCUUUGAUGCCAGACAGAACAGUGUUGCUGAUACAAAUAAGGCAAAAGGUGGGGGAUAUGAAAGUGAAAGUGCCUACUCAAAUGUCGAGCUGAUCUUCUUGGAGAUCCCAAAUAUCCAUGUGAUGAGAGAAUCACUGCGUAAGCUGAAGGAAAUAGUUUACCCUACAAUUGAUGAGUCUCGGUGGCUGUCCAAUGUGGAGAGUACUCACUGGCUGGAAUAUAUACGGAUGCUUCUUUCUGGAGCAGUGAGAAUUGCCGACAGAAUUGAAUCUGGUAAAACAUCGGUGGUGGUACACUGCAGCGACGGCUGGGAUCGUACCACUCAGCUUACCUCUUUAGCCAUGCUCAUGUUGGACAGCUAUUACAGAACCAUUAAAGGCUUUCAGGUCCUCCUGGAAAAGGAGUGGAUGAGUUUUGGACAUCGGUUUGCAAUGCGAGUAGGCCAUGGAGACGAUGAUCAUACUGAUGCCGACAGGUCCCCUAUCUUCCUUCAGUUCAUUGACUGUGUUUGGCAAAUGACAAAGCAGUUUCCAGCUGCCUUUGAGUUCAAUGAACUGUUCUUGAUCACCAUUUUGGAUCAUCUUUACAGCUGUCUCUUUGGCACCUUUUUAUACAACUCUGAACAUCAGCGAAUUAAAGAGGAAAUCCCUGCAAGAACCAUCUCUUUAUGGUCAUACAUUAAUAGCCAACUAGAUGAAUUCAGCAACCCUUUCUAUGUAAACUAUGAAAACCACGUCCUCUAUCCAGUUGCCAGUCUAAGCCAUUUGGAACUAUGGGUAAACUAUUACGUGCGAUGGAAUCCACGAAUGAGGCCCCAGAUGCCAGUUCACCAGAAUCUGAAGGAGCUCCUUGCCAUCAGAACUGAGCUUCAGAAGCGGGUGGAGGAAUUGCAGCGGGAAGCCGCUACACGCUCCCUUUCUUCUUCAUCAGAUAGGGGGUCGUCUCCCGUAGCCACCCCCGUGCACACCUCUGUCUGACGUGUGACUGGAAUCAAGGUACGGUU